UUCCCACCAGCUUGUUAACCUGCCCCCAAACGAAAAUCUAAUUCCAUGGCUGCAACACCCUUAACCACCCCACACACUCCUCUCCUUCAGGAAACCCACCAAAGCCAUUCCUUUCUCAAACCCAAUACCGCCUUCCAUUAUCGAACCUCAUGCAAGCCCUUCUCCGUUUCUUGUUCAUCGACCAUCCAAGAUCGUCCCUCCCUCCAAUCCCGGUCUCAAGAUCGUGUCUUUAACUUUGCCGCCGGUCCCGCCACCUUGCCCGAGAACGUCCUCCUCAAGGCCCAGACCGAGCUCUACAACUGGCGCGGAUCUGGCAUGAGCGUCAUGGAAAUGAGUCACCGCGGGAAAGAUUUCCGUUCAAUUAUCGAGAAAGCAGAGGCCGAUCUACGUGCCCUUCUCAACAUCUCCGAAGACUACGCCGUUUUGUUCCUCCAAGGCGGGGCGACCACUCAGUUCGCUUCUGUCCCUUUGAAUCUCUGUGAGCCUGAUGACACCGUUGAUUAUCUUGUUACCGGUUCGUGGGGUGAUAAGGCUUUCAAAGAAGCUAAGAAAUACUGCAAGCCGAAAGUCGCUUGGAAUGGGAAAUCGGAGAAUUACGUGAGGGUUCCCUCGUUUGAUGGUUUGGAACUAAGCCCGGAUGCCAAGUAUUUGCAUAUAUGUGCCAAUGAAACUAUUUAUGGGGUUGAGUUCAAGAACUACCCGGUUCCCGGCAAUCCAAACGGGGUCCUUGUAGCUGACUUGUCUUCCAAUUUCUGUUCCAAGCCUGUUGAUGUAACCAAGUUUGGGUUAAUUUAUGCUGGUGCGCAGAAGAAUGUUGGGCCAUCAGGGGUUUGCAUCGUGAUCGUGAGGAAAGAUCUUAUAGGGAAUGCACAAGAGAUCACCCCAGUGAUGCUUGAUUACAAGAUCCACGCUGACAACAACUCUUUGUAUAAUACGCCGCCUUGUUUCGGGAUCUAUAUGUGCGGGCUGGUGUUUGAAGAUCUUUUGGAGCAGGGAGGAUUGAAGGAGGUUGAGAAGAAGAAUGAAAAGAAAGCUGGUAUUUUAUACAAUGCCAUUGAUGAAAGCAAAGGGUUCUACAGGUGUCCUGUCGAGAAAUCGGUGAGGUCCCUGAUGAAUGUUCCGUUUACAUUGGAGAAGUCGGAGUUGGAGGCCGAGUUUUUGAAGCAAGCCGAGAAGGAGAAGAUGGUGCAGCUUAAGGGACAUAGGUCGGUCGGUGGCAUGCGAGCUUCCAUUUACAAUGCUAUGCCUUUGGCUGGAGUUGAGAAGUUGGUUUCUUUCAUGAAGGUUUUCCAGGCAAAGCAUGCUUGAUUCAUGGCUCUUUCUAUACAAGUGCUAUUGUUCUCUUAUGUCUGUGUUCACUCUUUAUGUUUUCGCAUUGGUUUUAUGUCGGUACGGCUUAAGUACUGUUGAUGAUAAAUUGCUAGCUAUCAUGUGUUUUUAUCUGGGAAAAUGCUGAAAGUUACCAAGCAGGGAAAGUUUAGCAAGAUUUUUGUAGUAGAUUAAAGACAUGGUUUGCUUCUUUCAUUUCCCAUUCAGAUUCUUAGGUGCACAAUGUUGGAUAUUUAUAAUAAAUCUCUUGAAUU